AUGACAGAUGAUAUUUGUGAUGCAUUAGAACUCGAUAUUGAUUGUAAAGAAUUAGAUGAUUUAAAAGAAGAAUUAUGUUUUGAAAUUGAGAGACCGAAAAUUAUGAUUAAAUUAACAGAAGAUAAGCUUAAAGAACAGUCAAGACGAAAAGAUCAUAGGGUAUCAACAACAUCAAAUAUCAAUUUAGUACUGGUCACAACAAAUGCAUCACCAGAAACAAAUGAAGUAGCAUCAUUACCAACAUCUAUACGUGUUUCACAAAUUUCACUUAAUGAUCGCAAACAAUAUCAAUUGUUAAACCAAUGGUAUUCUCAUAAUAAAGAAAAUCUGAAAUUAGAUAAUGUGGAUUUUACAGAUGAUGUUAAUUACGGUCUAAAUAUGGUAAAUUUUAAUGAUGAUAUUGAUGUAACGAUAUUAUAUAAUUGUGAAAAAAUCAAUGAAAUAGUUCUGUUAGAACCAGGACAAAUACCAACACAACAAACUAUUACUAGUUCAAUAACAUUAACACCAAAACUUUCGCCAAACACAUCGUCAUCACAACCAACAACAACUUUAAGUUUAAAAAAUUCAGCAAAAGCAACACAUGUUGACAUUCGUUAA